CAAAAUUCAAAAUUCUUUUUUAUUUCUUUCUUCUACCACAUUCACAUUCACAUUCACAUUCACACCCACUAGUACAAAAAAACUAGUCCAUAACUCAAAUGAACAGAGAAGUGUGGGCAGAGGCAGCGACAACUGUGCUGGCCACACUAGAAAGCGCGCUUCUAGGAGUAGGCGCUGGCCCAGUGGAUAUGGGCGCUUCAGCGGGCAGCAAUCGUAGCACAACAAACAGUAGGAAGCACAAUCGGCGGACAACCAGCGACACAAUGUCUGAUAUCGAAACACCUGGCUCGCCAGUAAAGCGGCGACGCGAAAGCGUAGACGGCACAUACACCGAAGGCGAGUCAACAAAGCCGACCGUAAAAAGUCGCAAGAUAUCUUCUGCGCUGUCCCGCCAGUUUGCCCGCAGCUUGUCGGUGAGCAACGGCAGUGCAGUCGAGACUCCAGGUGGCUACACGAGCAUUGUGGCGAUGGAUGACGGAAUUGCCAUAGAGACCAGCCAGGUGUCGCCGCACGCGCUUUCGGCGGUAUCGUCAUCAUCGUCCCUGUCGUCAAAUUCGCAGUGGCCUCCGGAGGGCUCAAACUGUAUAGGAAGGAGCGACACGCCAGCUGGGGAUGUGCUAGUGGACCGUGUUUAUGUGCACCCGUCCGCAAGCAGAUCGCUGAAGGCGCGGGAGAAAGUUGGCGAGUCUCCCGAUGAUUCUCGGGUGAAAUGGGCACAUGUCCCGUCGCGGUGCAGCAUGGAUAUGGACAGUAGCGACAGCGCAUCAGUUUCCAUUGGGGCAGGGCAUGUACUCUGCGGAGGCAUCGGCAACUUUCAUCAUGGCGUUGGUGAUAAGGAAGUGUUUGUUGAGCUACUGGUGCCAGCGCAGCAAGAAUACGCAUUCGUUGACGAAUCGGUGAAUGUGGCUGUUCAGCGCUGGGCGGUGGAACAGUCUCAUAUAGUCAACGAGCCACCGGCCAUUUUAACUGAAAUUCUGGAGCGUAACAUAUUGCGGCUGAAAGAGCUUAUCUCUGCGGUUAUGGACCAAAUGGCGGGUGAUUGCAAGCGCGGACCGGUGUUAGGCGAGCAUAUGCGGCAGUUUUACCGCGCUGGAUGCGAGAUUGCAAGUAUUGGUGAGUGGUUGUAUCAGCGGCAUUUCCAGCUGUUACCGGCGCUUUUCCCCGCGCUUAGUCAGGCGCUACCCCAGCUACAGGGGCUAAUACGCGUGGCCCGAAUUGUUGAAGAUAUGUACGGGCUGCUUCAAUGGACACCCGAAUUCAGCUCGUCUCUCAGCGAGAUGUCUGCCGAGUACGAGGAGCUGGUGCACGCCAAGCGAGCUCUAUAUGGCGAUGUGAUUUCCCAGGACGGACUGCAGUGGAAGGCCAUGGGUCUUCCGGUUGAUUCUAUGCUACUGUUGCGCGUGAAGCAGUGGGUAGAGUCAGUCAGCGUGAUGUGCUUGACACACAUCGCCCGUAUAUGCGAGCGGCGAGCCAAAUCUGUGUCAGCAUACGACAAAGAAGAGCUGUCUAUGGAUUCACUCAUGAUGUGCAGCAACCAGGUUCUGCAUUCGGCAGCGCUCUGUGCCAAUAUGUGUGGCGGUGGCUUCCCCAACCUCGCGCCACUUGCCCUGUACAUUGCCGCGGAAUGCACAACAUGGGCGUGUAACAAAAUCAGAUCAUCCCCAGCUACAGCACCGCCCGACACAUGCCGCUAUCGAGGAAAGCAGCUGGCUACCCGGGCAAUGCGACUGAUACAAGCUGGCGAAGGAAUUCUGAAGCAGCUUUCGUAUGUCAAGGCGCUUUUGCUUACUCCGGACCGCUCUUUGUUUGGCGUGUGCCUGCCGCCAGGCCAUGGAGGUAGCACCUCUUUGACCGCUCUGCAGUCGCUCGCGUCGUCGCUCGUCGAGGUCAGCUGGUACCUAGCAGAGGCACUCGCCGCCUUCCGUGCUGAUGGCCAGAUGUCAAAUCCUUCAGGCGUCCUGCAACUCUAUGCUGAAUUCGUUGCGAAAUUUGCCAAACGCGUAGUUGACUUUGGAGGCACAAGCGACUGUAAAGUUGAUAACAGCGAAGUGCACGAGACCCUUCGCCGCAUCCAAAAUUAUGUGCACAUGCUGAUACCGGCCUGAGAUAAAAA